AAAGAGCUUGUAAUCAUCCCUCACACAAAGAGUAAGAAGCAAAGAAAAUGGCUACAACACCAGGUCUCCUCACUGACUGGCCAUGGACGCCUCUUGGGCGUUUCAAGUACGUGGUACUGGCACCAUGGGUGGCUCAUAGCAUUUAUUCAAACGCUACAAAAGGCGAAAGCGAGAGAGACCUCACAAACCUUCUUAUACUCCCCUUUCUUUUGUGGAGGAUGCUUCACGAUCAAAUCUGGAUUAGCAUUUCUCGUCACCGAACAGCUAAUGGCAAGAACCGGAUUGUUGACAAGACCAUUGAAUUUGAACAAGUUGACAGAGAAAGCAAUUGGGAUGACCAAAUAAUAUUAAAUGGAAUCCUAUUCUACAUCUUCAACAAUUUGUUGUCUAAUGCUUCUCGGCUGCCGUUGUGGAGGACGGAUGGUGUGAUCUUGACCUCUCUGCUUCAUAGUGGUCCUGUGGAAUUUCUCUAUUAUUGGCUUCACAGAGCACUGCACCACCAUUUUCUCUACUCUCGUUACCAUUCCCACCAUCAUUCCUCCAUCGUCACUGAGCCCAUAACAUCCGUGAUUCAUCCCUUUGGAGAGCACAUAGCGUAUUUUUUGCUGUUUGCAAUUCCAAUAUUGGCAACAUGGUAUACUGGAACUGCAUCGCUUGCGUCAAUGUUCGGCUACAUCACAUACAUUGAUCUAAUGAACAACAUGGGACACUGCAACUUUGAGCUAAUUCCCAAAAGACUCUUCUCCAUCUUUCCACCUCUCAAGUAUCUAAUGUAUACACCCUCGUAUCAUUCUCUGCAUCACACUCAAUUCCGAACAAAUUACUCUUUAUUCAUGCCCUUCUACGACUAUAUCUAUGGUACCAUGGACAAAUCCACCGAUUCGCUGCACGAAACUUCAUUGCAAAGAGAAGAAGAUGCCCCAGACGUGGUACAUUUGACCCACCUAACAACCCCACAAUCCAUAUACCAUAUUCGUCUGGGAUUUGCUUCUGUUGCCUCCAAACCCGAGGGUUCCACAUGGUACAUUUUGUUGAUGUGGCCAGUUACACUUUGGUCCGCGAUUAUUAAUUCCAUCUACGGCCGUACCUUUAUCUUAGAGAGGAACAAGUUAGAAAAGCUCAAGUUGCAGUCUUGGGCAAUACCAAGGUACAAUGUGCAGUACUUGAAGAAAUGGCGAUCCCGAGCAAUUAAUGGCUUGAUUGAGAAGGCCAUACUAGAUGCUGAAGCAAAAGGCACCAAGGUGUUGAGUCUCGGCCUACUUAACCAGCGGAAGGAACUGAACAAAAAUGGAGAAUUUUUCAUGCGAAGGUACCCUAAGCUGAAAUUGAGGGUGGUGGAUGGAAGUAGCUUGGCGGUUGCCACCGUCCUUAACAGCAUUCCUAAGGGAACCACUGAAGUCCUCCUUGUUGGCAACCUCACCAAAGUUGCUCGUUCUGUUGCGUUGGCUUUGUGCGAAAGGGGUAUUCAGGUAAACAUUUCAUCCCAAUAUGAGUUUGAGAAGCUUAAGCAAAGCGUGGCUUCCCAAAGCAACCUGGUAGUACUGUCCAAGAGCGUGGCGGCUUACAAGACUUGGUUGGUUGGAGAUGGAUUGACUGAAAAGCAGCAGCUGAAUGCACCAAAAGGGGCAUUAUUUAUUCCUUUCUCGACUUUUCCUCCGAAGAAAGUACGCAGCGACUGCUCCUAUCUGCAUACCCCCGCAAUGCUGGCUCCCGCCUCCCUCCAAAACCUUGACUCUUGCGAGAAUUGGCUGCCAAGAAGGGCACUAAGUGCAGUGCGUGCAGCUGGCAUAGUGCACGCAUUAGAAGGAUGGACUGAGCAUGAAUGUGGAGAGAACAUGUUGAACGUUGAAGAAGUCUGGCAAGCUGCCCUGAAGCAUGGCUUCCGACCUUUGGGGUCUCCAAGCAAUUGGAGUCAUGGACUAUUCGACUGGUUAAUCGAUGCCUGAUCCUAACUGGUUGCAUAGGUUGAAGAGGGUGGAGUACAGAGAGUAAACUGAACCUAUAAAUUAAACUGAAGAGGGCCAAAUCCAGAUUCCACACUUUUAGUGUCUGAAACAGAUGGUAGUAGAGUAGUAGUAUUUUAAAUACGGCAUUGAUUAAGGUUAUUGUCUGGACUCUCUGGACUCUGCAUAGCAGGUUGAAUGUUGAAGGUGAUGGACCAACCAAACCACAUGCUGAGACACAUAUACAUCAUCAUAUAUCGAGUAUCUUCUUUCACUGCACAAUGCUGAGCCAUUUAAUGAAACUAAGCAGUAUAAAUACAUGUUUCUAGAGCUGGAAGGUGGAAACAGAGAGUUACUUUAAUUCUGUAUGCAUAUUCCUAUGCAUAUAUCCUCCCCAGGACCCUCAUCAAUAAAUGCCCAACAAACCCCUGCAGAUAUUUCCAACAUAUCCGGGAUGCCAUUUAUCCAAUCAAUUUCGUGCUUCAUAUUCUCUGAAAA